AUGACCUUACCGGAUCCGUUGAAUUGUACCGAAGCUUUGGUGGUAUCGACCAGUCGGCCGUUGGUGCUGGUGGUAACCGUUCAUUGGUUGUGCUCCUUCCUUUUCCUGCUCAUUGUUGUUGUUUUUGUUGUGAAAGGGUCCUUUUCCAAGUUUUUUUCGAUCAUUCAUCCUAAUUUUCGAGUAAGUGUUUAUAUAUUUGGUUAAUAUUUCUGUCUUUUAAUUAUUUAUAAUCAGUAUUAUAACAUUUUUUAAGUUGGAGUAAGAUUUUAGGUUUAUCCACUUUUUUUAUACAUUUUUAUGCCUAAAUUUAUAAGUUAUUCACGGAGAUAAGACUAUAUUAUAGUUAAACAAAUUGUAUUAUUAACAAGUAAGUAUAUAUAUUGUAAGUAUAUAUUUUGUUUGCAGAUAUUGUUCAAGUUAGCUACAUUUUUUGGUGUUUUACAUUCGUUGUUUAUUAUUGCUUUACGGACAGAAAACCUGGUAAGUGUGAUAUUGUGAUUAGAACAAGUUAUGUCUUGUUAUAAACACUUUUAUUAAUAUAUAACUUGUCUUUUUGGAAAUAAAAAUGGAAAAAAAGAACAAAAUGAUUUUGGCAAAAAGUGGGGUAUCGGACUUGUAAAUGAGGCCUAUAUCAUCUGAAAGGGCGUAAAAAGUUAUGCCAAAAAUAAAGUUUUUCACGGCUUAAGAUCAUAUUGAUACCAGUUAUGGAGUAGUACAUUUAAUGGUCAUUUAGUUCUAGGUCUAAUACCCCACUUUUGCCGACCUUUUGUUAACGUUAUUUCAGCGACGAGUACUGUUGUACGAAGACAACUGUGACUUUCAAUGGAGUCCCGUGCACUGCUUAUCACUCAAAUUACCUAUUUACUACUGUGUGUUUAGUUUUACCGCGACACACUUUUGUUUAUUUCUGGAGCGAGCUUAUGCCACGUUGUACACACGAACAUACCAUGAUGACAAACGAAGUGUUGGGUUUAUUUUAAUGACUUUGCUUGUAAGUUUGCACUGUCUCUACUGAUUGUUGGUUAUCAUACAUAUAAGGGACGAGCUACAUAUAAGGGACGAGCUAAAUACAUCGGAUGGAAAGUAACAGACAAAAAAUGCAAUUCCUUGUCUGAUAUUUUUUUCAACGAUCUUUUUUUUUUUCUCUAACUGCCGUCGGCAACGAGAGGAAAAAAGAUAGCGGGAAAAUGAGAGACGAAAAUAUCAGACAAGAAAUCGCAUUUUUUGUCUGAUACUUUCCAUCCGAUGUAUUUAGCUCGUCCCUUAUAUAUAAACCAAACGUUUAGAACUAUCUUAUACAGCCUGUGAUUAACAAAGUAUAUAUUUUUACUACAUUUUUAUAUGAUUAUAUUGUCUAAACAUGGUUACUUUAGAUAUGUGCAACGACAAUUACAAUAUACUUUUUGUAUUAUACGGAAGACCUUGUCAGUCUACGUAGUUAUUGUGUAUCAACGACUAAAACCUCAGCUCCUAGACUUCAGUUUACUAUGAUAUGUGCAGCUACUGUAGACUUGAUUGCUACUAUCGGUGAUUCUAUAGUAUUCAGAGUUAAUUUUAAGAGAAGGUAAGUGUUAGUUUUACUAUGUUUGGUUGUAUGUAUAUAGCUUGUAAGAAGAUGAGGACAAUAUCAAAGUAUUAUAGAUGUAUUUCAGCAAUGUUGUCGUAGCUUAUGUGAAUAUUACUUUAGGUUUUUCAGUUCAACUUAUCGCUUCUCCAACUAUUCUCUGAGCAACUCCUUCCAAACCAGAGAGAACAAGAUGACGAUCCUGCUGAUAUUACCAUUGUCUAUCAUUCAUUCCUCUUUCUUCUUGUCGUAUCUGGGUAUUUCGAUUGUUAUGCGGUCAUAUAUAUUGGACAAAGAUCCGCUGGUUCAUGUUACGGUUAUCGAAGUCAUGCAAACGGUAUGUCAUCUUAUCUUAUGUUUGUCCAAAAUAAUGACAUUUUAAAGUGGUGUUUCAUUAUUUAUAUUUUAGUUGCGAAUCGAAAGGCUUUUGUAUCCAAAAGUGUAGCACUUAUACUGGCAAAAAAAUGAGAUUAAUAUUGCAAGAUUGUCAUAAAAACACCGUUUGCAGUAUCGUUUACAUACGACAUGCUCUUUGACAUGGCACGUCACAUGUACUAAAAUUACAUUGUGAUUAAAUAGGUUUAAUUACUUUUCUGACCAAACUGUUCGAAAUGACGGCAAUCGUAAUUGGUAGACCAUAAAAGUAAUAUUGGGUUAGGGAAUAGCUUUAAAUUAGUUUAAUUAAACCUUUUAAAAUGUUGUAAAUGAUAACAGUUGAUUAAGUGUAAGACUAGAACGACUUACUUUUAUCAGUUAUGUAGUUUACUCAACUUACUCUGCUCUUUUUAGGCUGUCUGUACCUACUUGAUUGUAAUCUCGUUGGCGUUGAGUUACUUAUGGAAAAGGACUGAGAGACAGUUUACAAUUGUGCAAGACAAAGGCCCUGGGGGAGAAUUACACUUUGAGCAGCUGAGGCUACAGUUCGAACGAGUUGUACCGUUCAGACGGUGA